GUCUGGUUCUUUCUCCGACCUCUCACAUCUACUGGUCCGGUCUAUCAUUUUCAUUGGCCAUGAUUCUCCUGCGGUCUUCCGUUUUACUCCUAUUUUGUGGAAUCUUCUGCUGCCAAGAGUCUGUGACCACUGCAUCGCCCAUUAACACAACACAACUCCACCCAACUGGCCAACAGCAAGAAUCGCUCCUUCCGACGAUUACACCAGAAGAUUCACCCAGGGAGAAUGAAGCAGAAAAGUUGGCUCAGUCUGAGAAUGAGACUGUGGUGGAUGAUCAAACUGAACCUAAAGCUACACCAGAUGACCUGCAGUUUAUAGCAAGGAGGAGGAAGUGUUGCGAAGAUGGCCGCCAGCACUUUUACAAGAAUGGAAAUUGCGCCAACAGGUCGAGGGAAGAGAAUGAAGCAGUGGGGCUGUGGUGUGAUCAGAAAUUCCUGGAUUGCUGCGUCUUUAUGGAAGCGUACUAUAUGGGGCCAGUGGAUGGGUGCCGUGGCCGAAAUAAGCUGUGUCGUUCUCAACUUCCCACUCCAGGGACUUUACCAGAAGGUUCACCCAGAGGGAAUGAAGCAGAAAAGUCGGUUCAGCCUGAGAAUGUGACAGUGGUGGACAGCCGUGAAUCCCAAACCAAACCUAGCGCUACACCAGAUGACCUGCAGUUUAUAGCAAGGAGGAGGAAGUGUUGCGAAGAUGGCCGCCAGCACUUUUACAAGAAUGGGAAUUGCGCCAACAGGUCGAGGGAAGAGAAUGAAGCAGUGGGGCUGUGGUGUGAUCAGAAAUUCCUGGAUUGCUGCGUCUUUAUGGAAGCGUACUAUAUGGGGCCAGUGGAUGGGUGCCGCGGCCGAAAUAAGCCGUGUCGUUCUCAACUUCCCACUCCAGGGAAUUUACCAGAAGGUUCACCCACAGAGAAUAAAGUAGAAAAGUCAGUUCAGCCUGAGAAUGUGACAGUGGUGGACAGCCGUGAAUCCCAAACCAAACCUAGCGCUACAGCAGAAGCUACACUGGGAGGAGAAAAUGUAACGUUAAACUCCAUGUCUCCCACAAACAACCCAUUGUUUAUAUCAAAGAGGAGGAAAUGUUGUGAAGAUGGCCGUCAGCACUUUUACAUGAAUGGGAAUUGCGCCAACAGGCCAAGGGAAAAGAAUGAAGCAGUGGGGCUGUGGUGUGACCAAAAAUUCCUGGACUGCUGCGUCUUUAUGGAAGCGUACUAUAUGGGGCCAGUGGAUGCAUGCCGAAAUAAACAGUGUCAUUCCCAACUUCCCAGUCCAACCGACACCUCCCGUGUGACAAAUACACCGCUGAACUAG